AUGGGCGCAGACGAGCUCCAGCAGCAGAUCCGCCGGCUCUACCUCGAUUACUUCAGGGAGCUCCCGCAGGCACAACAGGCCACGGCCCGGGCGUUCUGCUAUUUCAAUUCGGUCAGGCGGUCGCCGCAGGACGUCGCUCCGCUCCGCAACGCCGACGACGAACAGAGCCUGCUCGACGCGCAGUCGACUGUGCAGAGCGCUACCACGCCGGCGGACGCCGGCCGCUAUCUGUUCAACGACCCCGCGCUGGUCGCGGAAGCGGAGAGGCAGCUCACCGUGAAGCUGAACCGACUGGUGCCCGAACACCUCGACGACAAGAACUACCUCUCAUCCGUCUAUGAGGCACGCACUUCCACUGCCGGCGUGGUCUCGCUGGUCAUCCCGCUCCGGUUCGUGGAGCGGAUUGUAGGGGAGGGGGUCGCGAACGCCAAGCAGGCCGCCGUCCUGUGCGGCCUGUUGCAUAACACGGGGCUGGUCGCGCGCUAUCGCUCGCACGACUCCGAAGACGGGAUGAGCCUCGUCGGUCAAGUGGUGGACCGCUACGUCGGAGACAUCAAAACGUGGAGGGCCGGCCCGGAAGCCGAGCGGGACUUCAUCGCCAUGCUCGUGCUCUUACUCGAGCCAAGAGCGCCGGUUGGAGACGAAUCUGGCGGGCGCGGCAGAGCGGGCCACGACGAAGGCGACGCGUCGUUGGACCAGCGGGUGAGGGCCAGCCUCGCCCAGGCCCGCACCGCGAUCUACGACGGCACGGAGCUGCUGGCGUGGUCGCUCGUGCCCCGCGUCCAGCAGAUGGCCGGCGACCUGCGCUACGGCGCGCCAUGCACGCCCGAGCUACAGGACCACCUCGCCCUCCUACUCGACCUGGUCGCCGCCGUGCUGGGCGGCAGCGACGACUACGGCGGCCCCGAGCGGGCCUACUACGACCACACGCAGUGCGGCCUCGCCCCGCCCGAGGAGCGGUACCUGGCCCGCAGGCUGUGGGUCCUGGAGGCCUACCCGUGGGAGCUCCUGCUCGCGCUUUGUCAGCUGCUGCGACAGCGCCCGCGGUUCCGGGCGGCCGUCGUUGCGCGGCUCGUCCACGUCACCGAGCGCGUGGCCGCCUUCCUCGCGCUGUGCCUCAUCGCACGCGUGCGCCACCCGAGCCUGCCUGGCUGGCGACCCGGGGCGCAGGCGGUGAGUGGGGGCGGCUCGUCGAUGGGCGAUUUCCUGAGCGAGAUCAGAGACCUGGAGGUCGACGUGCUGCUCCGCCUUCGGCCGCUCUUCGCCGCGGCGCAACCGUACCAACGGGAGGGCGGAAGCAGCCCCCUGUACCUGCCGGCGUCGUGGGUGGACGACAGCGACGGGCUGCCCGAUUGGCCGAUGGCGCCGCAAUCGGGGGAGUACACCGAGGAGGAGUUGCUCGAGAGUUAUGUCCGUUGCCUGUGUUACUGCCGCGUCUCGGACCGCCACUGCCGCCUGUUCCUCGUACGCUACCACGCAGCCACGCCCACGCACGCAGCCGACGCUAACUUUACUUCACAGCACUGGUUCUCGGUCGAACAAGCGGCUGAAGAGUACCACCACGACGACGACGACGAUGGCGCGCUGCUGGCAUACCAGCUGUUGGCGUUUGCGGUGGUCCUGAGCUAUUCGACGGCCGAGGAGUACUACCGACUCGCCCACGUGCUCCUCCCGCGCAUGAUCGAAGCCGACCUCCUGCGAUUCCAGCUCCCGACAGCGCUCCCACUGCCUCUUGCCGCCACCGCGGUUGAG